AUCCCAGACGAGUUUAUUUCAACUCUAGAGGGAGGGAAAUAAGUGAUCGGAAACAGUGAUGUGAAUACUGCACUGUGUGUCACUGUGUGUAGUAUGUUCGUGCACACUACGUAUGUGUGCGUGUACCAGUGUUGCCAACUAAUUUUCAGGAGGGAUAAUCCGUCACCAUGGGGGCUGAGAAAGACACCGAGACCAUUUUGACUGGGUCCAUGCGUCUGAAGCAGGAAAUCUCCCUGCUCCAAGGGGUCUGCCUCAUUGUGGGAAGCAUGAUCGGCUCGGGCAUCUUCAUCUCCCCCAAAGGGGUGCUCUUCUACACAGGCUCCUACGGCCUGUCUCUGGUGGUGUGGGCCAUCGGCGGGAUCUUCUCCGUGUUUGGGGCCCUGUGCUACGCUGAGCUGGGAACCACCAUCCGCAAGUCUGGUGCCAGCUAUGCCUACAUCCUGGAGUCCUUUGGCGGCUUCCUGGCUUUCAUUAGGCUGUGGUCGUCCCUGAUGAUCGUGGAGCCAGCAGGCCAGGCUGUCAUAGCCCUCACCUUCUCCAACUACCUGGUGCAGCCCUUCUACCCCACGUGCUCAGCCCCCUACGAUGCUGUGAGACUCAUAGCAGCAGCCAUCAUCAGUCUCCUGACGUGUGUGAACUGUAUGAAGGUGAAGUGGGGGGCCAUUCUCCAGGUGGUCUCUACAGUAGCCAAGGUCCUGGCCCUCAUUGUCAUCAUCAUUGCUGGGAUGAUCAAGCUGGGACAAGGCCAGACGCAGAACUUUGAUGAUUUGUUUAAGGGUUCUAAAGUGAACCCUGGGGACAUGGCCCUGGCUCUGUACGCUGCGCUCUACUCCUACUCGGGCUGGGACGCACUCAACUUCAUCACCGAGGAGAUCAAGAACCCGAAGAGGAACCUCCCGUUGGCCAUAGGGAUCUCCAUGCCCAUCGUCACAGUGAUUUACAUUCUGACUAAUAUAGCUUACUACACCGUUAUGGAUGCUGGCACCGUGCUGGCCAGUGAUGCUGUGGCUGUGACGUUUUCUGAUUUGGUCCUGGGCUGGGCUCGAUGGCUGAUCCCCUUGUCAGUGGCCAUCUCUUGUUCCGGAGGACUCAAUUCCGCCAUCAUUGCUCUCUCCAGGCUGUAUUUCGUGGGCUCCAGGGAGGGCCAUUUACCCAACGUCCUCUGCAUGAUCCACGUCGAGCGCUACACCCCCAUUCCAGCACUGCUCUUCAACGGUGGCAUGUCUCUGAUCUACCUGUGUGUGAAGGACGUGUUCCAGCUCAUCAACUACUUCAGCUUCAACUACUGGCUGUUCAUCGGCCUCUCCGUCGCCAGCCAGAUAUACCUCCGGUUCAAGGCUCCCAACAUGUCCCGGCCCGUCAAGCUCUCUUUGUUCUUCCCUAUAGUGUACUGCCUAUGCAGUGUGUUCCUGGUGGUAGUACCUCUCUACAGUGAUACCAUCAACUCUCUGGUUGGUAUCGGAGUGGCUCUGUCUGGAGCUCCAGUGUACUACAUCUGUAUCCACCUGCCCCCCUCCUCCAGACCUGCCUUCCUGGGCAGGAUGCUCGAUGCGAUCUCCCUAAAUACCCAGAAGCUGUGUCUGUGCUGUGAGGCGUCACGUGACCUAGACCUGGACAACAUCCCUGACGAAAAGCUGGAGUAAGGGAUGAAAGGAGGUGUGGAGGGAUGGAGGUAGAUACUGAGCCAAAGGUGGAAACAGAAGGACCACAAUCAUAGCUACACUCCUUCUGUGCCAAUGAUGAACAUUUAUUUUUAAUCUACUUUUUACCAGGACUUUACUAUUUAUAAUUUGUGACUUGCUUGUCCUAUGGGACUAUACAGUGUGUGUGUUGAGUACUGAGGAAAGCCACUUUCUAGUGCCGGUGGACUCUGACAACCACAUGCAUGCAGCACAAUGUAGUUCACUCCUACUGGUUACACCUAUGGAGACGAUCAACCAUGGGAGUUUAACCAUUGAACAACGAAAUAAAUUCAAAUGGAGAUUUGAACAGGUCCUACUAACCAUUUAGGAGGAGUAGGUUUUCAUCAGCAGGACCUACUGAAUAAAGCUAGUGGAGAUUUGAUAUUUUUUAUAUUAAAUGAGUUAUUUGUUUUGAAAGUUGGAAGCGUUAGUCAAAGAUGCCCAUUCUGGCCCUACUUUACUUGCACUAGGCCAGGUGUGGUGUGUGUGCACAAACAAACUGCUUGUCUUGUUUAAGGUUAGUACUCCCUGUACUAGUCACUGAAGAUUCCUCCAACUUAGUGGCUGUCAAGUGACUGACACGUGUACUGUAUGGAAACUGCCAUGGGUUGAGCCAUUAUGGCAUCAAAGUAAUGUUUAUUGGUGAAGCUGACAGAUGGUGAAUUUUUAUUUUAUCUUUAUUUAACUAGGCAAGUCAGUUAAGAACAAAUUCUUAUUUUCAAUGACGUCCUAGGAACAGUGGGUUAACUGCCUUGUUCAGGGGCAGAACGACAGCGCUUUACCUUGUUAGCUCAGGGAUUCGAUCUUGCAACCUUUCGGUUACUAGUCCAACGCUCUAACCACUAGGCUACCUGCUGACCCGGAAGAACAAAGUGGUCCAUAUUCUGUGACCACUUUGUAAUGUCCUUUAUUUGUCUUCUUUAUUUCUCUCUACCAAACCAAGCUAAGAUAUUGUCUCUGACGCUUGCUCGUUCUCAUAAGAAUAGAUUGCCGUUGCAUUUUCUGUUUACUGUGCUAUUUCUCACCAUUUAAUCUGUCAGAUGAUAGUAAUGUAGUUACUGUUGCCGAUAGCAUUCAUGUGUGGACAGAAUUGGGCUAUCAUUCUAUUGGCCUUGCACACCAUGGCACACACAGGAUAUGUUUCAAUAUCACCAUUUACUGACAUUGUUACAGCUGUUACCAUGGUUGCCCUAUUGAUGUCCAGAAUGGAACAUGUAGAUGACAUUGACUUUUAGCCUAUGCCCUUAUUACACCAAGAUGGCUCUCUAAGACAGACAUGAAAUCACCAGCAGUGACACGUUAACAGCACUUACUGAAUUUUGUGCUUGAUAUUAAGAUGUUACAUUUACUGAUGUUUAAUUUCAACCCAUAAGCCUAUCUGAAGAUCCAAAAGGACAGUUGCUGACGUAGACAUGUGGGUAAUGUAGAAAGGAUACGUUUCCAAUAAUAUACAGAGGACUGGUCUCAAUGUUUUUAGUAAAUUUUUUUGUAUUAAAAAAAACAACAACAUUUUCUAAUGCAAUUAGAUGGCGAUCCUAUUCAUGCCAUCUCUGCCAUAGACUUGCCAUGGUGUCAUGCAUGUCUCGCUCUCUAUUGUUCUUUUGUUAUAGACCGAGAAAUCCUACAACAUGAAUUUGGUAGGAUCCAAUGCCAUAAAUAUGCACAUUCAUGCAAUUUGGAUGAACAUGUGAUGCAGGAUUAGAGGAAUGCGACAUCUUCUUUACAAUGCAAUUCAUUGACAAGCCAGAUCAAAUAUUACAGCUACUGGCUGAGCCAUAUUUGAUUUCUAUGCACCAUCUAGUGGUAGUUUUAUGAACGUCAGGUUGUUGAGAGCAAGUCAAUGUUGUGGAUCACGGCACUCGGGGCACUUGCUUCCAAAAGUUGUUGUUCUGAAUGUGCUGUCUCUUAUUGGUGUAUGCAUGUAUGUUGUCAUUGGAAAUUUGCUUUAAAGGGGAAAUCAGCAGUUUAAACUAUAACAAUGUGGCGCAGCGGUCUAAGGCACUGCAUCUCGGUGUUAGAGGCGUCACUACAGACACCCUGGUUCGAAUCCAGACUGUAUCUCAACCGGCCGGGAUUGGGAGUCCCAUAGGGCGGUGCACAAUUGGCCCAGCGCCUUCCAGGUUUGGCCGUGUAGGCUGUCAUUGUAAAUAAGAACUUGUUCUUAACUGACUUGCCUAGUUAAAUAAAUGGGUACUCCCCGCCCCUGUUUUGGUAAAAAGCUGAGGGAGAAAUAUAACCACUCAAAUUCAUAGACGGUGCUAUGGAUGCAAGGACUGACUAUCCAUGAUAUCAAAAUGAUAGUCUUAACCAUUUUGAGGCUGUUUGUUUACAUUUACUUUGUUUACAAACAGAAAAUGUAAGCUUCUUUAUCUCGGUUCUGAUGGUGAAUGGCAGUUGAACUAAGCUCAUAAGGCAUUUAAGUUAUAUUCUUCAAGAAUCAAUGGGUACAUAUCAUUCAUUUAUAAGUCCAAAAAUCGAUGUAGCAACUGCAUAUUGACCCUUUUUAAUAAAUUAUCUAAUUCCAUCCAAAGCUGUUUACCAAGUCCCUUCACCUGUCAAUCAAAUCAAUUUGUUUGCACUACAUGAACUGAAUGUGAAACGGAAACAUUUCCAUGCAUGUAUGACUGCCAUUUGAAUGUUUUUGGAGGGGUUUUUUGGUCGCUUUUUAUAGUUCUCAGUGGUCAGGUAUACAUUUGAAAUUUUAAUAAUUUAGCAGACGCUGUUAUCCAGAGUGACUGAAAUUAGCAAUUAGGGUUAAGUGCCUUGCUCAAGGGCACAGCGACAGACGUUUCACCUAUAAAGCACAUAAACCCAUUUGGGAAUUAUUCUGGCCAGGUUAUGGCAGAGCAAGUGUGGACUGUGCUCGACCCAUCUCACUUGCUUUAUCAAUGUCACCCUUGGUGAUAUCACUUUAUCUUCGACUGCUGUUGGUUCACUUUCUGCAAUCAUUUUUACUCUACAUUACUGCAUAACUAUGGAUUCCAAAGUAUUGGUGACAUUUUAACAAAUGAACUCAUUGGCUUCAAUCUGUCCAUCCACGUGACUGAAAUAGGCAUUUCCUACCGUCAUUCCUAAUUCACAGGAUGUGUACAGCUAUGUUUAAAGCAUGUUACUUUACAAAUAAAAGGUUUAACUUCACAAUGAGCGACUAGGUCCGUCACUAUACAUUACAGAACAACAGGCAUUUCUGUUUUCAAUCUUUAGUAGGAAUAUUAUAUUUGGGUGUCUGAACUUGGUGAAUAAAAUCUCUCACAAAGGGGAAAUCA